GCGAAAAGAUAAACGAACUAACAGAUUAUAAAUUAAUAAAUUUGUUUUAUUGUCGAACAUAUCUAUAUAAUCUUUGCUUCUUUACUUUGUGGGCAAGAUCGUACCUAUCUACAGAUGACUUCUCAGGGGUAGAGGCAGAAAUGUAUAGUGUAAUAUUCUUUGGAUUUAUUAUAGGCGCAACAGGUAAGUAUAAGCGACAAAACUAAUGCACCACCUAUCACCUUAUCGACUAUCCAUAAUCCAUAUAUGCAUUCACUUUUACAACGAAUGCAAACAAGCAUUACAGUUCUAUAAAACAAUAGUGCACAUAUGUGUAUGUACAUACUGUUGUGUAAUUGUUAACAGAUCUUCUUGAAGAAAGAGUGUUGAUUCAAAGUAUUGUAGCUUCAGAGACACUGAAGCUUACGGCUUUUUGUUAUUUAUGAUGUACAAAUUGCUGGAUAAUAUUUUCAGCUUCCUAAAAUAGCCGCUAGGUGGCGUUAUUCCAAUUUCAAAAACUCAAACGCCAUUAUUUUGCAAAAAUUCAUAACCAGCUUUCUCGUUGAAUAGAGCCUUGUCGUGUUGACCGCUCAAUUUUCGAAUUUUUGUUAUUACGUCAUUUUCUCAUAUUUUGUUUAAUUUAGGGUAGAUAAAGGGUUGAAUGUCACCUCAGAAAAAUUCACGUACGUUCUGUCUGGCUGCAUCCAUUUUGGUGAUCUUGGUUUCGUUUGAAAGACUAUUCACCUGCGCUCCUCACGAAUGCUCAAUCUUGCCAGAUUUGUUCAGUUUGUGGAAGCCAGAUGGCGCGUUGUAGAUGUGUCAGCGUUUUAUUUAUCAUGUUUUCGCAAAUUUCAAAUACAACAUUAUAUUUUCUUUAUAUUGAUCGAAAAGUGCAUAAUAAAUCCUCUAAAAUGGUUACGACCGCAGAUCAAUAUGUUUAUUCGUUAUGGUAUAUAUCAAGGAAUUGGCAUAAAUUGCAAUUUUGAAGUACUACUGGAUAAGAAGAAAGAUUUAUGCUAGAUAUAGUUGUAUAAAAUGUGUCAAUAUGACACUGUUUACAGAUAUUCCACUUAAAAAUUUAUAUUUACGCUUUUUCAUAGAUAGUUUAUUGUCCUUGUAGAUCAUGUUACAUCAAUGUGAAGCUAGAGGUCAUAUAUGUCAAAUAAGAAAGGAAAAUACGUAUAAAUAAUGAAAUAACUGCUAGGGGUCAUAGCUAUCACCUGAUGUUUGAAAAACAUUCUUUCUGCAAUUUAUAUCUAAUAUUUUAUGUAUGUUUACCACCUAUUUGUUGUAAUCAGAUUCACUAAGAGUAUUGAUUGAGAUAUGUUACAUCUAUUUUAAGAUCAUAGCGGCUAUUUCGUAUAAAAGAGAAUAUUAAUAUAAUCUAAUGAGCCAGACCACAAGAUAAUAAAAUGAUUUUUCAAUUAAUCUUUUUCUUGGGAGAUUUAUGCGGUUAAGAGCAAGUUGUUGCUGUCUGGUCACGUGCUCGAACUGCCCCCAUUCACUAUUUGACGUUUGCACUAAUUUAUUUUACUUUAUUCUUCUGUUUCUAUCAUAGAAGUUCAUUAUAUGAGACACGAGAUUUCAUUGAUAUGAACAAAAUAGCUGUUGUAACACAUCAGCAUGGAAAAGGCGAAAGCAACUAUCCUUUUUCCACUAUAUAAGGUCUAUGUUGCUGUCUUGUUUAGAUAGGAUCUAACUUUUGCUUAAGAGAAUCGUUUAUGACCUACUUGACGCAUUUUUUGUAGCGGCCCCACCAGACUGCAAAUCAGUUGGUCCAGGAAAAUACCCAGGUGAAACCCGUAGUCAGUACUACGAAUGUACCAAGUCGUUUUGGUGGUACAAUGUAAAGUUGCAAGAAUGUUCGGCUGGUCACUUAUUUGACACCAGCUCAAAAAAAUGUUCUAUUGGAUUUUGCGAUACACCAGAAACAGCACCUUCUACACAAACAACGUCGGGGGAGAGAACCACUACCGUGAUAUCAACAGAAACCAGUGGUACAACUAAUCCUACAGAUUCUACUUCCACGGUAGCAACACCUUCCUCGCUAUCCACGCAGGGUGCUACAGCUUCGACAGAAUCUACUGAAGAAAAUGUAUCUACCACAGUAUCAACAAAAGCCACAAAUCCUGCUAGCACCACUAAUGACGAAGCAACUGCAUCCGUUACAAUUACUGCAACACCAUCAAAUGACAGCCCUCCGGACUGUAAAUCUGUUGGUGCAGGAUACUAUCCAGCUAAGAAUUGUAGCAAGUAUUAUCGAUGCACAAAGGUGAUGUGGUGGUACAACAUUAAGCUGGAGACAUGUCCAAAUGGUCAGGUAUUCAAUGUAACCUCUAAAAACUGCGCAGAAGGUACUUGCAAUUCCCCAGAAACGCCUACAACUGCAGCUAUAACACCGUCAACUACAGCAACAGCCGCAGCUACAACCAAUGCCGAAACUGCAGAUUUAACUACAACAGCAGCUACAACUACAACUGAAGCUACAGCCUCAGCUUCAACUACAACUGCAGAUACAACUGAAGCUAUAACAACUUCGCAAACCACAAUUCCUCCUAUGACAACAUUGAAGCCAGAUAAGCCUCCAGACUGUAAAUCUGUUGGUGCAGGAAACUAUCCUGCUCAGAAAUGCAAUCAGUACUACAAAUGCACGAAGAUAAUGUGGUGGUACAAUAUUCAGUUGCAAACGUGUCGAAAUGGGCGGAUAUUUGACUUAAGCUCUAGACGUUGUGAAAGAGGUUCUUGCAGCAGUCCUACAGAAAUAUCUAGUCCCGCCACUACGGCAGCAAAAAGUUCUGCAGCUACAAUUAGAACUACAGCUACAACUCCACCUACAACACUGUAGGUACAAACAACUACAACUUAGCAACAGCAACCCCACUUGAAUAACUAUAUCAAAGCCAGGUAUAAAGGUCAUUCGGCCAUGUUGAUUCCUAGUCGCCUCAAGUGUCCCAAAAGUUAAAUAAAAAGAAUAAAAAACUAAAAAAAAA